GUGGAUUCAGAAGAGGGGACAUCUGCGAACAGCUUCAUUAAUAGACCAACAGUCAGACCAUGUUUCGGUUGCGAGUCUCCGCGGUCCGUCUCCUUGGGAUUGUCAUGCUUUCAUGUAUGUCUACAGAAUCAACCUCCCCAGAGUACCACUACUACAACCAGACCCUGAGCUGGAGCGACGCGCGGAGCUUCUGUCGGGACAAGCACAGCGACUUGGCCACCGUGACCUCCAUGGUGGAGGCCCAGCUCCUGGCUCAGACCGCCGCCGGCCGGGGCGACGCCUGGAUCGGCCUCCGUAACGACGGACCCGCCAGGUGGCUGUGGUCGAACGGAAACGGAGCGCUGUCUAGUUCGUAUUUGUUUCCAGGGGAGCCCAACUAUUCGGAGUGCAGCACGGAUUGCUGCGCAGAGGUGACUGCAUCGGGCUGGAACAAACUCAAGUGUACCCGUGCACGUCGUCUUGUGUGCCGAGGCAAUACGUCGCCGUACUAUUUCCUUCAGCCCCAUACGUCGGGAUGGAGAGAUGCCCUGGAUCAUUGCAGAAGCCUUAAUAUGUACCUGCCCACUGUCUCAAGCCACCCGACAGUCAUCGAUUCGUCAGAGAUAACCUCCUUCUGGGUCGGCCUCUUCCAGGACCGUUGGGCGUGGUCCGACGAGAGCCCCACCUCCCUCAGGUACUGGAUGGUGGGCAGGCCCGCCAACCUCCAGGGCUGUGCCGUUGUCAGCGUCACGGACCAGGGCCGGUGGUACGAGGAGCAGUGCGAGGCCGAGAUGCCUUUCGUCUGCCAGGGCGGUCUGAAAUCGCGGAGGGUGCUGAUCAAGUUAAAGAUGGAAUCGGAUGGUGACCUCGAUCGCUCAGCCACCAGUGCUCAGCUCCUGCAGCAGCUCGAGGCGCAGUUGAGAAGUCAGGGGAUAUCAGAUUUCAAACUCAGCUGGAAGAGCGACAUCCGUCGUCAGGACGAGAUGAACGAGAAUCCUGCAGCUGAGAGCCACGGUCCAGGUUCUGAAGAACUGAAAUUGGAUGUUGACUGACUGAAGCAACAGACCAUACGUACACACAUUCGCGCACUUGCAUACAUAGCCGACCACAUAUAGAUAAAUACACAUGCAAAAUAUUUGCCUGUGUAUGGAGAUGAGGAGCUUAUUAUUAUUAUGGACCUUAUUAUCAGAGUUACCGUUAGUUUUGUGCAUUCCGCGUGAAUUUAUUAGUAACAACUUAUUAAGUAAUUGUAUAUCAUGACACAAUGUACAGUUUUUCUCUAGAGCACUGUUUUGAGGGGCUGCUGUAAAAUGUCUGAGUAGUAAAGGGAAAGAGCAAGAUUCGGAAAAUUAACAACCCAAGAAAAUGCCCCUCCCUCUCUGUUCCCUCCCUUUAAUGUCUGGUGAGCCAAAGAAAAAUGUCCACCUUGGUUUAUUCCAUUCUAUUAUAUUCUAUUCUAUACUAUUCUAUUCCAUUCUACCUAUCUCUCGACCCUCGAGGAAUGUUUCAGUCAUGCAAAUGACUGAUAUCAGCCAAAAAAGAAUUGUCUCACAUGGGCAGACAUGCACAGAUAUCCAAAUGAUACCCAAAUGAUAGCUCUUAGAUCUUACAGCACAUUUAAACAAUGUUAAAAUAAAUAUAAAUAUAGGCUAAUACAAAUGUAAAAAUAAGAAAUAACAGGUAUAGCGGGUUGAGAAUCAGUGGGUAGAGUACUGUCGUAUAAAGUAGCCUGCGGAGCCCUUUGAGACCGGAGCUGUGAUUCAAGAUAUGCAAAUCAAAUGAACCUGACUUGGUGUUUGUUAGCAGGAUAAGGAAGAUGUUUCACAAUGCACAAAGACACGAGUGCAGGCCCUGCGUGAUAGACAUGGUUCAGUGCUCGUCAAAGAUCUAGGCCUGUUUGAAAAUGUCCUGUCCGGCUCGGAAGGAGAUGGGACCUAUAACC